CCGGGCGCCAGCCUUCGGCGCUGAGAGCCGGAGGGGCGCCGCGCCCGCCGCAGCCUACAGCUUUCCCGGGAGGACCUCGGGGCGCCCAUGACGGCGGCGGCCACCGUGCUCAAGGAGGGGGUGCUGGAGAAGCGCAGCGGCGGGCUGCUGCAGCUGUGGAAGCGGAAGCGCUGCGUGCUCACCGAGCGCGGGCUGCAGCUCUUCGAGGCCAAGGGCACCGGCGGCCGGCCCAAGGAGCUCAGCUUCGCCAGCAUCAAGGCCGUGGAGUGCGUGGAGAGCACCGGGCGCCACAUCUACUUCACGCUGGUGACCGAGGGCGGCGGAGAGAUCGACUUCCGGGGUCCCCUCGAGGACCCCGGCUGGAACGCCCAGAUCACCCUGGGCCUGGUGAAGUUCAAGAACCAGCAGGCCAUCCAGACAGUGCGGGCCCGGCAGAGCCUAGGGACUGGGACCCUCGUGUCCUAACUGCCAGGCCUACCAUCUUUCAUUUAUGCCCCCCACCACCGCGGUGUCCAGAGGUCAUGCCAGUUUCCCUGCCUCUCUGGCUCAUAUGGGCAUAACUGCUCCACUGGGCGAGGCAGAAGCCAUGGACAUGCGGAGGAGGCGACGGAGCUGAAGGAAUGGAUGGAGCCCGGGCAGGAGAGCAGAAGGCCAUGCAGGGCUGAGGAUGAAGAUUCAGCCCCGGGACACUCUCAGCCUCUCAGGACAUGCACAGCUCAGGGCCUCCUAGCCAUGUGCCUGGCCUUGUAUAUGGUGAUGGAAAGCUGGCAUCAAAGCCCCCUCCCCUGGUGGCCCUACAGACUGCUGUUAUCCCUCAGGCUUUGUGCCAUGCCUGGAGGAAUGCAGUCCCCUGUGGGCACUAAGCCAAUGCCUCAGGACUCAGGAAGCCAGCCUGGCACCCAGAGGAGGGGCUGCCCUGGGAACACUUUAGGACUUAUCUCUGGGGAGGGAGCUGACGGGCCUGAAGCCCACACCUGGGGGUCUCCUGCUGCUUAGGUCCUUUUGGGACCCCCAUCCAUCCAGGCCCCCUCUUUGCACACUUCUUCCCCCACCUCCUGUCCAUCUUUCCCCCAUUGUGGUGUUGGGCCUGGGGAGGGGGUGGGGGAGGGCUUGGCCGUUACCAUUUCAUGCCUAUUCCAAAAUGAAGAUGAACUGCGAAGGGCAGUGGCUGCACUGUUUGCCGAGUGAAAUUCUUUGCCCACAAAGACUCAGCGCUAGGAGUAUCUCUCUCCUGGCUCUGUCUCCAUGAUUUUCCAGUUCACAGCCCGCUCCGAAAUCUCCAGCCUGGGUGAGGGAGACACUGCGACCCCAGUAGAAAUGACCUCAGUGGCCUUAGGAAGAGGGACCAGAGGGUCUGGACUGAGGGGUGUCACACUGACCAAUUCAGUUCCUAGAGAUGCCUUUCCACAGAAGGAUGUCCUGUCCCUGCCAUCCUGGGAGGUGGCUCAGCUUUCCGGGCAGAGCUUGUCCUCUGCCAUUGAUAAAAACCAGUUGCUGUUAUGUCAAUUCCAACUCAUGGCGACCCCAUGUGUGCCAGAGUAGAACUGUGCUCCACAGGGUUU